AUUGCCCAGGAAAUGGGUCGCCGUGGACACAGAGUUACGGUGGUGAUGCCAGAGACCACCAUACAUAUUGGCCCGGGGAAACAUUUUGAGACUUUGACCUAUCCUGUACCUUAUGACAAGGCUUACAUCGACUCUGUGAUGUCCACACACAAAGACAUAAUGAAAAAAUCUGCAUAUCCCCUCAUGGGGAAGAUAAAGAAACUCAGACAGUUCUGGAUCAUUUCAGAUUUACUACACAUCAGUGCAGAUAAGCUCCUCUUCAAUGCCAGUCUGAUCUCCCACCUGGCCCAGCAGAUUACCACGGCUCCUCUCACCUAGAUUCCCAACAGAGGCAGGAAGGACUUUGAACACACACAAAUCCAAUCUGCUAAUUCACUGAGGAAUU